AUGAAGGUCCUUCUCACAGGCGGUAGCGGCUUCAUUGCUGCUCAUUGCGUCGAUAUUCUUCUCAAGCACGGCCAUGACGUCGUUUUUACUGUCCGCUCGGACGAAAAAGGCGAGAAGAUCUUGAAGAACCACCCGGGCACUCCUUCCAGCAAACUUAGCUAUGUCAUUGUCAAGGACAUCGCUCAGGAAACUGCUUUUGACGAGGCUGUGAAGUCAGAUCCUCCAUUCGAGGCCGUCCUUCACACCGCAUCACCAUUCCACUUCAACGUGACCGAUGUCAAGAAAGAUCUGCUUGAUCCAGCCAUCAUCGGCACAACCGGUAUAUUAAAGGCGGUCAAAAAAUCAGCUCCUUCCGUCACGCGCGUGGUCGUCACUUCGUCUUUCGCUUCCAUAGUCAACGCAUCUAAGAGCCCAGAAACCUAUUCCGAAGAACAUUGGAAUCCAAUCACCCAAGAGGAAGCUGUUCAAACCCCCGGAAAUGGAUAUCGAGCCAGCAAGACCUUCGCCGAAAAAGCCGCUUGGGACUUUGUGGAAAAGGAGAAGCCCAAUUUCCAGCUCUCGACGAUCAACCCGCCCCUGGUUCUCGGUCCUGUUGUCCACUACCUCAACUCUCUUGAGGGGAUCAAUACUUCAAACGAGCGAAUUGCGAACAUGAUCCAAGGAAAGUUCAAGGAGGAAGGUCUCCCGCCCACCGGCGUUUUCCUUUGGGCAGAUGUCCGUGAUGUCGCUUUGGCGCAUGUGAAGGCUGCGGAGGUGCCAGAGGCUGCAGGAAAGCGCUUUUUCGUCACGGCUGGAUACAUGUCGAACGGUGAAAUUGCCGAGAUCAUCAAGAAGAACUUCCCAGACUUGGCUGAUAAGCUUCCGGAGAACCUCGACAAUGACAGGCCGAAAGACAUAUUCGGCUACGACAACUCGAGGAGCAAGAAAGUUUUGGGUAUCAAGUACAACACCUUGGAAGAGACCAUCAAGGACACGGUCAAGUCGUUACUCGCCGUUGGCGCAUAG